UACCCAAAUUGUCAUAAAAAUGUAUUAAUAAUUUGGUAAUUUCGCGAUAAUUUUGCAAGGAUCGAUUCGCCACCACAGAAUUCUGUGUUCGCCACUGACCUGCUCAGUUCUAUUUAUAGCAGUGGCUUUUUCCCGGUGAGGCGUGACACCGGAAGUGCUAAUGUUAUUGAUCUUUGAUUCUUAUCCUACUUUCCUUUUCGUGUAAACAUGGCUGCUCAGGUGCAGUCUGCAGAGGGCAGUGACUGCAGGGAUAGUAAUGCCAAGUCUUUUAUAGACGAUAUAGGGGUGCUGAGUUUAGAGGGUUUUGGCAGUCAAGGAUCUCAGACAUCUUCGAGGAAUCCUCAGGAUGGUAUAAGUUCAAGUUUACCGUUGAGCUCUGUAUAUUUGGGUGAAACUGUCAGAUACGAGAUUGUCGUAAGUAAACACCCGUCUGUCAGAGAAUCCAGUUCGUGGAAGAAACUUAUCAGUACUAUCUCCAGUCAAGCUGUCAUUGUGCCUUUGCUCAGUAAGCAAGGUACGGAUAGCACAGUCAUAUCUGAACGAGUGGAAAGAAAAUCUGAAACCUGCGGCCCUGUGAAGGAAUCUGGAACAGCAAGCAGGGUUGGAACGAAGAAUUCAUCUGUUGACAAUCCAAAUCCAACAAAUAAUGGACUUCUUUGCUCUGUUUUAGCUACGUUUGUUGGGAGCACUGGUUCUGUGUCAUCAUCUGAGGAAAAAGAUUCCAGUAUGUCACGACCAUACUUCCGAGACGACGACACGUUUGUCGUGCCGAUGUCUUCGAGUCUGCAAGACGCCCCGCCCGAGUGCUGCCGUAUACGUCUAAGCGUCACGGUGUGGCUGUACACCGUCAGCGUCAGUACCUCGCCGACAUCACCUGAGGUUGCCAUGGAAAUAGGGUCGACCCCACUUGGGUCAGAUAGCACCACAGCAGCUACUGUUCCUUGCCCCACCACCAACGGACACCGGUCGGCCAGCGGUCAAGACCCAGUGAUGGAGAGAGCUAAUCUGGCCGACGGUCAGCCGUGUGGCAGUCUGAGCCUGGAGAGUCCCGUGCGAGUGUCCAGCAGCUUCCGGUCCGUCCAGGAGAAGACAGUGAGCUGCCUGCUGCGUAUCCAGGGACCCCCGGAGCUGACCUGUCGCCACACGGCCGCCGGACUCAAACAUCUCCUCCUACUCUCAGUGAGCAACAGCACCAGUGGUCAGAUGGUAAUCAAAAGCCUGCAGAUAUUGUCCAGCUCCACGCCCGUCCACGAUGUGUCAGUCACCACAGACGAUGGGAGCUCUGUGAAGUGGGAACACUGCCAUCAGCUGAUCAGCCUAGAGAGCCCCAAACAUCGACAAGCCUUCCCCGCCAUCUUACAGCCAGGGGAGAGCUUCUGUCUCAUUUAUCGGCUACACCUGUCUUCUAUACCGUCAGAGUCGGAGCUGUCUCUGAGAGCCAACAUCAAGUGGACACACGCCGGUGCCACCAGUGAACUCACAACUCUUUACAGGUUGCCCCGGAUCAAGAUUAGAUGUCCGCCGUUCAUCGUGACAGUGAAGUGUGACGAGAGAGUCGAGAUCCACAAGACAUUCUACGUGACCUACUGCAUCUCUAACCAGCUGCACGACUUUAUGAGCAUGAGGCUGUACUUCAACAUGGACAACAUGUACCGGAAUCUCAUCGAACAAGGUGCUAGCGGCGAGGAGUUUGAGAAGGUCGUUCACCUCAAGGACUCUGUGGUGUGCCACGACCCAGAUAUUGCCAUCAGCUCAUGUCCCCGAGGUUCCAGCGUCCCGAUACAAGUAGGCUUCCAGAUCCACCAGCCUGGCCUCUACGAGCUAAGUGAACUGAUGAAGGUGAACCUGAGAUACUCCCUCCCGGAGAAACCCUCCCCCCCUGCCCCCCCAGACAGCCGUGAGAGCCGCACGCCCUCCACGGACACGAGUCUGUCCCUCCAGUCUCCCGACGACCACCUCCUGGCGUCCGAGGAGUUGUGGCGGGGUCGCAGUGGCAGCACAGCGUCUCUUGCCACCCCCGUGCUGCUGCAGACGGCCGAGGAGAGGCGGCGCAGUUUCGCGUCCAAGUCGUACUCCUUCGGCGACCUUGGCCCGACCGUCUCGGCAGACUCCGACGAAGUUGCGGCGCACAACAAAAACAAGCUGAUUCAGCGCUCCCCCACAGUGCCCCCGCCCCGCCCCCAGCCCCCGAGGAUGUUAAGUCAGACAGAGAGAGAGCUGGUUCGACCGAGUAACUUCCUGAAGCAACCGUUCUACGUGUAUGUGCAGGACCCCAGUACGUUGUGAUGAGGGAGGAGAGAGGGAGGGAGGGGAGGAGGGAGAGGAAGGAGGGAGGGAGGAGAGAGAGCUGGUGCAACCCUCAAACUUCCUCAAGCAACCGUUCUACGUGUAUGUGCAGGACCCCGGUAUGUUGUGAGGGAGGAGGGAGGGAGGAGGAAGGGAGGCAGGGAAAGGGAGAAGGGGGGAGGGAGAGGGACGAGAGAGAGUGGUGGUGCGACCCUCAAACUUCCUGAAACAACCGUUCUACGUGUAUGUGCAGGCUGUGAUGGGGGAGGAGGGAGGAGGGAG